GGGAAAGUGAAACCAAUCUAAACCAGAAAACUGAAAAGCUCCGAACAUGAGGGGCUGCUGCAAAACCCUAAUCCAGAGUUCCCUCCCUUCCCUUCACAACUCGAAACCCUACUACAUCUCCAAUUCCAACCAUGUCUUCCCCUUCCUCCCCCGUGCUCUCCCUAGCUUCUCCUUCAAUUCUACGUCUCCCAGAGCCAAACUUCCCCACACCUUCCAUAUCCACUCUUCCUCUUCUAAUUCCAAUUCUUCAGCAGCACUAGAACUAGCAAUCUCUUCGGAAUCGGCCGAAGAUGAACCCCAAGACGACCCGAAGAGGGACACCGUGGAGCACUUGCUCACCAACCCAGACGACAUUUCCAGGCUGAUGAAGAUGGAGAGGCGGCAGCAGGGCGAUUGUGAGAAGCGAUGGUUUCCUUACUUGGAUGCGUUCAAAUGUGGGAAUGGCGCGUGCUUGAGUAGCGGAGAAGUGUUGGAAGCAAUAGCGCCGUAUAUGAUGGAAGAGAGGAAAGAGAGGUUCAGGACCGCCGUGAAGAACCGGAGUUACUCUGUUUGUCUGGUGGUGGAAGGGUUGAACGAUUUCGGGAACGUUUCUGCUACGUUUCGUUCUGCUGAUGCGCUCGGGUUUCAGUCCGUUCAUGUCAUCAACCCGGAUAGCUCGAAAAGGUGCUUCGUGGGUUGAGGUGAACCGGAUUCAAAAUCGUUUCUUUUUUUCUUCUUCUGAAGUACAUGUGAAUCUUUGGCUGUGUUAAAGUACGUCUUCUAGUUUUCUUUGUAGAAUCUCUUGUUUGGAAGGCUGGAAUGAGGUAUGGAAUAGUGAAUUGACGGAACUAUAUUACCACCUCUACCUACUCUGCAGGUAUAGAGAUAACCGCCAUGUUAGCAUGGGAGCUGAGAAAUGGUUGGACAUUGAGUUGUGGGACUCUACUGCAGAGUGCUUCCAAGUUCUCAAGUCUCGUGGUUAUAGAAUUGCUACAACGCAUGUUGGAAUGGAUGCGGUAUCGAUUUAUGACAUGGAUUGGUCAUGCCCUACUGCAAUAGUUGUUGGCAACGAACAUAGGGGGAUAAGUGACCAGGCACUUGGACUUUCAGAUCUGCAUUGCAGUAUACCAAUGAAUGGCAUGGUCGACUCUUUCAAUGUAUCAGUUGCUGCUGGCAUUCUCAUGCACCAUGCUGUUUGUGACAGAACUUCUCGUCUGGGGCGGCAUGGGGAUUUAACAGCAGAAGAAAGUAAGAUACUGCUGGCUGAGUUCUCACUGCGCCAUAGCAAGAGCGCGAUAAGCAUCGCCCAUGAAUAUGCAAAGAGAAGUAAGGCUUCCACGCCUGUACCAAAGCUGUGAUGCAGACGGUAAGAAAAGCAAAGAAACAUCUGCAACGGGCAAAUUUGCGUUGGUUUCAAUUUCAUGAGAGGCAAAGAAGAAAGAGAACUCAAGCAGGUAUAGAUACUGAUGGCUUAGAUUCCUUACGACUCAAAAACAUUGUACUUGUUACAUGCUUAUCAUUUUGAUAAUGGAAAAGGCUAGUUGAUCUUCAGAACCUCCCCUUAUAAUUGAUCUCACUGUUAAGUGUUAACCCUGCUAAAACUUGAGAUGAUUGAGUGUUUCAGAAUGUUGUGGUGAUGCCACCUAAGUCCAUCCAUUGAUUGAAAUCCUGCCAACAUGAUUGGAACUGAUAGGGUGCCUUUCACAGAGUAACCGGACCUGACUGAUGUGAAACACCCAGACCAGACGUCAUACAGUGCUCAAAUGGGCUGGUCGAACCAGAAAUCGUUCUUAGCAUUUGUUUUAAACUAACUACCCAGAAAUCAGUUGCUCAUAGCUUUGGUCGAUUUGAUUUUUAGACCAGUUUCUUUAGAGCAUCUAAUUGCCUCAAAAUCAAGGGCUCAAAAGAGUUUACCCUAAAUUUGAUCUGUCCAAAUUUAGCAACAGAAUAUGCAAAUUCCUUCAAGGAAUUGUGUUAACUUUCACAUAAAAACCAAAUCAUCAUUUUUCUCUUAUCCUCUUAAGAAACUCUCUUUUAUCUCUCGUUUGAGUUUUCCCUCCUUUGAAGGGAAAAGCCUUUUCUAGGGUUUUCCCAGAUUAAAGAUCUUGUGAUUUUUUCUCUGAGUUUGCCCUAGAAAUUGCUUUGGUUAUUGAUGAACAUAACUUAGUCUACUAUAGAUUAAUGGUCAAUCCAGGAUAAGCCUAUCACCAUUUGGCAAGGAGCUGAUCACUGCACUAGCCAAAUGGGUUCGAAGAUAUCAAAGCAAGGGUCAUUGAGAGUUGCAAAUGCAACUUUGCAAAGUAGCACUCAUGAUUCAUUGAUUAGCUAUCUAACCACAAGUAACAUUUUACGUAACUUGGUAUCCAAGCAUCGGCGCCGAAUGCUCAUUGCCGGUUACGAUCUCGAUAUGUCUUACAUCACGGAUCGUGUACUCGCGAUGUCGUUUCCAGCCGAACGUAUGAGAGCCAUGUAUCGUAACCCACUCUGGCAAGUCAAAUCAGUGUUGGAUAUGCGGCAUGGUGGACACUACAAGGUGUAUAAUUUAUGCAUUGAGCAAUCGUAUGAUCCAUCACACUUUCACUCUCGGGUCGAGGCGUUUCCCAUCGACGACAAUCACGUCCCAGCUCUCCCCAUGAUCAAGCUCUUCUGUGAAAAUGUUGAUUCCUGGUUAUCUCAGGAUCCUAAGAACCUUGCUGUUAUACAUUGCAUGGCUGGCAAAGGUCGAACUGGAUUAAUGGUCUGUGUUUACCUAGUCUACUGCGGCAUGACAGCAGAAGAUGCUCUCCAGUUGUAUGCGAGUAAAAGGACUACCAACAACCAAGGUGUGUCUAUACCAAGUCAGCGACGUUAUGUUCAGUAUUGGGCUAGUGCACUUUCUUUUCCUAGGGGAAUCAACAAUGGCCCUCCUGAUGUGAAUUUGCCUCCAUCAUGUAGUAGAGAACUGCGACGAAUCCGGCUCUACGACAUUGUUAACACAGAUUCUGUCUUCUUUGUGGUCUCAGAGUUGCAGGAGAUUCCUGGUCAGUUGUAUCGACCAUCGGUAGAGGUUGCCAAAGGUAGUUGUAGGCAAGUUAGGCAAGGAUAUCAUAGGACUUAUAGUCCUAGGUAUUACAUUUCUUUUGUGGAAGAUGAUGAAGAUGGGAAGACAUCAGAUUCAGAUCAUCAGGAACCUCAUGUUGUUGUCCAGAUGGAUACUGAGAGUUCCAUCAUCUACCAAAAGACAUGUCUUGAUCAUUACUUUGAGAAGCCAGUAGAGUUAAGUGGAGACGUUCGAAUUAUAUUCUACGAGAAGAUGAUAGGAGGGAGACUCUUUUACGUCUGCUUCAACACAUCUUUCAUAAAGAACAGCUUGCUACAAGUACUACUGAUAGAGAACCCUUUUACACCUGGAGAUCUUGAUAAACUUGGGAAGAGAGGCAGGUUAAUGUGUGGCCCUUCAUUUUGCUUGGAGCUUACGUUUGGCCCUGCAAACUCAAAGUGUUCAGAGUUGCCCUUUGUUAGCAAUGUUGAUUUUAGUGAUGGACUAGAAGAAAUGUGACCAAGAACUGAGAAGAGCAAUGUGAUCCUCCUUUGUAAUGUGGUUUUCGCCCUUGUGACUUGUGAGAGAACAUUAAUGUGUAUCACAACUUCUUGUUGUUGCAUAGCCAUAGUUUCUAUAUCCAUACUCAAAACUGCAAUGAGCAUUGAGAUAUGAGGAAAAUCAUUUAUAUUUUCUUUGGAAGAUAUAGAAGAAUAUGAUUAAUGUUCGGAGGAACUCAUUUCUUCGGUAUUUGAUCGAGCAUUUUUCAUCUAUAUGAGAGACCAUAUUUUAUGCUUCUAUAAAGUCAUUGCUCUGUCCUCGAAAACACAUUCAUCCUCCUUUAUAGAUAAUAUCAAUAGGGGCGAUUUCAAUUGCACUCCUUGAUUGUAUGAAAAAUGAGAUGGUGCAUCAAAAUAUCAAAUGACA